CCCACAAAGUUAUCCCCAUUGUUUUCAGAGUAAGAUCUCCUUAAAAUCACCAACAAAGCACUGCACCAAAAACAAGAAAAAUUCCUCAAAAGAAGGUCUAUAAAGCAAAAGCAAUAUUCAACCUCUGGCUUCCUCUCUCCCUUAGACUCAUACUCUGUCCUUUUCCUAUCAAAAACCAAACCAUAUUUUGUAUUUUCCCAUUCAUAUUUCACACUCACCAUCACCUUCAUUGAUUCUUCCAUGAGCUCAAGAGGGAGAAGGAAAAUGCAUAUGCCUAGAGUGCAACCUCUCACUCCAUUAAUGGAAGGUCCAUAUCUAAACUCAGAGUCUGAAGAUGAUCAAUGGAAGAAGAAGAAGAAAAAGAAGAACAAGAAGAAGGAGAUGUCAUGGGUUACAUUCAGAUCAUUGGUUGGUAUAAGAAAGGAUAAAGACUUGUUGCCAAUGAGAUUGAAUCUAAAGCUCAUGCUUGGUGUACUUGCUUGUCCACUAGCUCCAAUCCCAUUACCUCUUCAACCAAGUUACUACCAUUUCUCUAUCAAAGACAGUCCAACUGAGAGUACAUGUGCUAGAUAUAUAGUGCACCAAUACUUAGCUGCCACAGGAUGGAUGAGAAAAAGAGAGAAGAAGAUGAAGAGUUUGUAUGUGAGUGGGAAAGUGAAGAUGGUGGGGUGUGAGAGUGUGUGCACAAUGGGAAGGAAUGGGAAGAUGGUGGUGGAAGAUGAGAGAAAUGGAGGUAGUGAGAGUGGGUGUUUUGUGUUGUGGAAAAUGUCGACGGCGAUGUGGUUGGUGGAGAUGGUGGUGGAAGGGUGCAAAGUGGUUGCCGGAAGCGAUGGUAAAGUCAUAUGGCGACACCUCCCGUGGUCGGGAACUCACCUCGCUCGAGGUCCCCUUCGCCCUCUUAGACGUAUUGUUCAGGGUUUGGACCCGAAUACGACGGCGAGUAUGUUUGCUAAAGCGCAAUGCGUGGGAGAGAAGAUUGUCGGAAAUGAUGAUUGUUUUGUGCUUAAAGUUUGUACUGAUAGAGAAGCUAUUGAAGAGAGGAAUGAGGCAUCUGCAGAGGUUAUUAGGCAUGUUCUUUAUGGAUAUUUCAGCCAGAAGAGUGGUUUGCUUAUCUACAUUGAGGAUUCACAUCUAACAAGAGUUCAAUCUCCGGCAAUGGAGACCGUAUAUUGGGAGACGACGUUUGGGAGUAGCAUUGAGGAUUAUAGAGAGGUUGAUGGAGUGUUUAUUGCUCACCGGGGGACGUCGACGGCGACGGUGUUUCGCUUUGGUGAAGCUAGAGAUAUUCAUAGCAGGACCAAGAUGGAGGAGACAUGGAGGAUAGAUGAUGUGGUUUUUGAUGUUCCUGGCCUUUCUUGUGAUUGUUUCAUCCCUCCAACUGAUGUUUUGAAUUAGAGAAUUAGGACAAUGUUCUGUUUGGGGAAUUUGGUCAAAUAAUAAAAUCUUGUCAUAUGAUUUCA